CAUAGACCAAUCGACAUGGUCAACAUUAGAUUAACCACUCAGCUCCUACUGAUGUCCUUGGCGCUAGCUAGCGCUAGUUUUGGUCUGAAACCCCCUAAAGCCUCUUUACUGGACCUCGUUAGCCCUCAGACCUUCCACACGAUUUCCGGGCUAAGACGCCUACCGGUGGAGUUCCUCAACCACUACCAGAACCUAACAAUUUUCAAACUGGCACAGGACCUGUAUCGGGAUCAGGACACUCGACUACCGUCUGCGGAUGAUCUGCAAUGCCUCGCAGAUCUACAAGCACUGGCGAAAGAUGUGUCGACAGCAAAGGUCUGGGCCCUGAAAAUGAUCGACUCGUGGGGCACACUGCCCUCGGGAAUCCUUUACGGCAACCUGAUCGAUCUGGGGAACUUUGACGAGUGCCUAGGCAUAGAGCACUCUGUGACCACCAGUCACAGUGUCCAGGGCAAGUACUGCCUCGCGAGGAUUGCACUUGCCCCUAGUAUUUCGCCCUUUUUGUCACUUAAGACGGCGAUCUGUUUACCCGCCUCCUGUUCCGCCGCCCACAUGGACACGAUGCUACGGAAACUCUUGCAGAAUCUUCUCAACUUAGAGCUCAACCCGGAGGUUCCUUUGGUAAGGGAUGAUACAUGCAAGACGGCCGAUCGUGAGCCCUACGAUGGACUGACCAUAUUCACCAUAGUCGUAUUGUCGAUAUUGGCUACCCUUAUGGCCCUGGCCACUCUAUAUGACUACCUGUUGUGCCAGGACAAGAAAAGCCUAAAUGUGUGGAUCAAGGCGUUCUCGGCAAGGGCCAACUGCCGAGUUCUCUUCCGACUGGUGGACACCAGGAGCAAUCCCAAUGUCAUAGACUGCAUCCAUGGGAUUCGGUGUCUGUCGUUCAUCUGGGUGGUAUAUGGGCAUGUGUAUCUCGUUUAUGUCUUCGGUCCCAAUAUGAACUAUGUCGACCUGGACAAGUGGCGCAAAUCGGCGUACAGCAUGCUAUUGCAACAUGCUGCUUAUUCGGUGGACACCUUCUUUUUCCUGAGCGGCCUCUUGAUGGUAGUGAUUGCCCUGCGUGCAAUGGAGAGGACCAAGGGAAAGCUCAAUGUGCCCCUAAUGUAUCUGCAUCGCUAUUUGCGGCUUACUCCCGUCCUGGCCUUGGCCAUCAUUGUGUACAUGAAGAUCCUGCCCCUGAUGGGCGAUGGCCCACUUUUCGGAAAGGUCAACUUCGACGAGUACUCAAAGUGCGAGCGCACCUGGUACUGGACGCUCCUGUAUGUCCAGAACUACGCAACCCACGAAAUUUGCAUAGGUCAUUCCUGGUAUCUGGCCGUCGACAUGCAGCUGUACAUCAUUGCGCCCCUGCUCCUCAUCGCCCUCUUCAAAUGGAAAAGGAAGGCCGCCGCGGCGAUCUUUGUCAUCAUGCUGAUCCUGGCCGCCUGUCUCUUCAGCAUGAUGGUCAUCAAGAACAUUUCCCUUAUUGCGCCGACCCACGAUGCAAUGAAGAAGAUAUAUUUCUCCGCACACACUCGGGCUUCUCCGUAUCUCAUUGGCAUCCUGUUUGGAUACUUUCUGCACGUCCACCGGGGCAAGUCCUUCAAGCUGAACCCCCUCGCAAUCCUGUUAGGCUGGCUAAUUAGCCUGGCCCUGCUCUUCACCUGCUUAUUUUCGGUGUUCGGGUAUGCGAAGACUUCGGACACACCACCAAUUUUGGAGGAGGCAUUCUACCUGACCUUCACGCGGAUUGCUUGGCCCCUGGGUCUCUGCUGGGUGGUGUUUGCCUGCGUGCAAGGAUACGGCGGGCUGGCCAACAGCUUCCUUUCCUCGCCGCUGUGGCAGCCUUUGUCCAAGCUCUCCUACUCCGCCUACAUAUUCCACGUGUUCAUCGAGAGCCUCACCGGUGGCUUAACGCGUACGAACACAUGGUUCAGUGACUACCAAGUGAUGCUUCGAUUCUGGGGCGACUUUGGAUUUACCCUGCUCCUUGCCUUCGUCGUGUACAUCCUGGUUGAGGCGCCUUUCGGAAAUUUGGAAAGCCUCUGGCUGCCCACCAAAAAGCCUCAUCUCCCAGCUGCCGAACAGUCAAAAGCAAAAUCAGUGGAAUGUAAACCGCCUGUACCACCGUUGAGAAAUAAACUGCCCCUUCCGGAAGACGGAUCUCGAAGCUCCUUAAAAUAAGUACUUAUGUUCACUGAGAUAAUAGUCUAAGAUAUUUAUAAUAGGUUAAGAUUU